UGUUAUCAUGACGAUGGUUAAAUCAUUCUCGCGUUAUACUUUUCAUCGAUCGUUCGCAUGCGCUAACGCAAAAUUUAUAGGUGGAAUGAUAUUAUAAAAUAUAACGCAGUUUGGCGCAGUAUAUCACUGAAAAAUUCGUUAAAUCAAAAGUUGAUACGGCACAGCAGUUACGGCCAUAGAAAUAUAUAUUGUGCAUAUUAUUAUUACGUGUGUUUUAUUUUUCACGGCUUAAUUAUUAAUUAAUAGACCAAUUUACCAUAUUAUAUACGAACGGAAGUCGACAUUACAAUAUUAUCAAAUCGUGGGCCAGAAGUAUACGAAGAAUAUUGAAUAAUAACUAAUAACCACUAAUAAGCUGGUGUGUUAUCAUUUCAGCAUGGAGUAUUUAUUACCCAACCACUGUACGUCAACGGCGCGACUAGACGGAAAAACAGUCGUCGUGACGGGAUGUAACACAGGAAUCGGAAAAGAAACGGCUACGGAAUUCUACAAGAGAGGUGCUCGAGUGAUAAUGGCGUGUAGAAGUGCGUCCAGGACACAAGACGCGAUAGACAGCAUAAAAAAUCAGACUGAAGGAGAUAAUAACGUCGGAGAGUUAGUUUUUAAGCAUUUGGAAUUGUCUUUUUUGGCUUCGGUGAGAAAAUGCGCCAAAGAGAUAUUGCGCACGGAGAAAAGAAUAGAUAUUUUAGUAAACAAUGCGGGUAUGAUGUGUCCGAAAACAUUGUCGGAGAACGGAAUUGAACUUCAUUUGGCAACCAACCAUUUGGGUCAUUUUUUAUUUACGCUCUUGUUGCUGCCCAGAAUACUGAAGUCAGCUCCGGCCAGGAUAAUCAACGUGACUUCAUUAGCUCACAAAUGGGGAGAUCAAAAAAUGCAUUUUGACGACAUAAACCUGGACAAGGACUACACGCCCAGCGGUGCAUACGGCCGCUCCAAAUUGGCCAACAUUUUAUUCACCGUGGAACUUGCCAAACGUCUAAAUGGUACCGGAGUGACGGUAUACGCUGUCAAUCCAGGCAUCGUUCACACCGAACUCGGCCGGUAUGUCGAUCAGACCAUAUUUCCUGGCGCAUCUUGGCUAUACAAUAAUAUCGCCAAAAUUGCAGUUAAGACACCUAAACAGGGUGCUCAGACCACGUUACACUGCGCUCUGGACGAGAAAUGUGCAGACGAAAGCGGUUUAUAUUAUAGUGAUUGUAAAGUACUGGAACCAGAACCCGCGGCCAAAGACGAAGAGGUCAGCGUAAAGUUGUGGGACACUAGUUGCACCUUGGUUCAUUUAGAACCUUCAAUAGAUCCUUUUAAGCCGGAGAGCAAUGAAGUAUGACUUGUCAAUUCAAAACCACUGUACUCAUCAUGGAAUGUUUUCUACAACGAUAUUUUAUACAAACAUUGAGUUAUAAUUUUAGGUUUAUUCAUUUAAAAUACAUAUAUAUUUAUUAAAUAAUUAUAAUUAU